AUGUACUUUGUGCACCGCUACACGCUAGCAGUGAAGCCGCCAGCCGCUGAAGAUACUACCAAACGUGGCGGCAAGCGAGCAGUUUUCAGGGAGUCGGAACAUUUGCAGCUCUGCCAAGUGCGCGCCGCUAACUUCGUACGUCGUCCCUAG